GGCCCUGCUUCCAGUGCCGCACCCUCCUCGCCCAGGAUGGCUGCAGGAUUUACCAGGUCCUCCGCACAGUGAAAAUGUGAGCUCCUUGCCCCAAGAUGAUGAAGAAUUUCAAGACGGCAAUGGUAGAGUGGUAAAUUAACCUCAGGUGCCAUGUGACAGCACAGGUUGGGUGCUGUGAGCCAUGCAUGAAGCUCCUGGUGGGUACAGCUCUGCCUCAUGGGUCACCCCUCUCUACCGUGACCACCAGGACUGGGCUGGGUAUGCAGUGCCCUGCUGUGACCCCUGACACACAGACCCCUAGCCAUCCCCUCCACCCCCUCCCUGACCUCCUCUCCCAGGGAUGCAACUGGGGGAGCACACCCAUCCCCAGAAGAACCCCAAAUCUCUGGCUGGCUGUCUCUUACCCAACCCCCAUCCCCAGCUCCAGCUGAGGGGCAAGCGUGCUGCUGGGCUGCUCCUGAGGAGAAACCCACGGCGCCACCCUCAGGCCCCCGGUGGCUCCUCAACCUGGGCCCCAUCUCUGCCCCCCAUCUUGGCUCCUCAGGCAUAUUUAAACUUUGCCCCUCCCACCCCCGUGCCUGGCGGAUCCCCUGGCACUGAGGCCCAGCCAGUGGCUCCAGCCAACGCACUUGGCUCCCGCAGCAAGUUAAAUCUAACCCAGCCCAGCUGUCUCUCCUCCGGCUCCCACCUGCCCCUCCCGUUCCCUGCAGGGAUGUGCCCACACCCUGCCCACCCUACAUGGGCCCUCAGGAAGGGUGCAGAGGUCCCCCACGGUCCCCCACUUUCCCACACUAGGAAAGCCCUUUGCCUAGCAGCCUCUGGGGUGGGUGCCCUGCUUCUGGAGGUACCCCGGCGCCCAGGGUGGGGCCAGCAGAGUGCAGCAGGUUUUCAACAGGUAUUUCAAGAAGGAGCAGGAACCCACUUCCCAUCAGUCAGGGUGCAGCCAGGAAGAGGGAAACUCCAGGGCCAACGCUGAAGUGGCCGCUGCAGCACCACUCUGGGGCACGGAGUUGGAGUACAGCCCUUGUGCCACAGGCGUGCCAGGG